AUGAUAUCGUUGACUUACUAUACAGACUUAGUUAUUGACGAGCUUUGUUUUUCUUACAGAAAUCGCUUUAAUGUUCCUCCAUUGCAUUUGUUAAAUGCCCAAAACCAACAGCAAACCGGCCCAUUGCUUUUCAGACCUGGUCAGUACUUCAAUCCCGACCCAAGCCGAAACACAACACUAUUUUUCCCGCCGUCGCAGCCAUCUGACCCAAGCCAAAACACAACCACACUAUAUUUUCCUCCAUCACAAUCUUCGUCGAUUACUGACCCAAGCCGAAACACAACCACUCUAUAUUUUCCUACGUCGCAGCCAUCUUCGUCAGGUGCUGACCCAAGCCAAAACACGACACUAUAUUUACCUCCGCAGUCAUCUUCAUCACCGGACUCAACUCCAAAGCCAGGUCGCGGCAAAAACUGGUCAGACCAGGAGACCAGAUAUCUUCUAGAUUUAUGGCGAGACCACUUCCCAAUAAGUAAGAAAAGAAAUGCAGCAAUAUGGGAUUCAAUUGCAAAGGAAUUAAAUCAACAGUUGAAAGAUCAAGGGCUAAAAAGCUUUAGAAGUGGUGCGCAAUGCAAAGCCUGCGUCAAAGCAUUGGAGGACGAGUACAAGAGGGUCAAGGRCCACAACAACAGAUCRGGAACUGACGAUAAAACGUGCGACUACUACGAUGAAUUAAAUGAUGUUUUAGGCUGUAAGCCUAAUAUUACACCAAAAUACACACUAGAUUAUGGACUCAGCGAAGAUGAAAUCGAGUCGGUAGACGACAGCCCUCGCUCAGAGAGAAACACGACUGAAUCUCCAGAGGCCAACGACCAAAACAGCAAUUCUGCGAAAGGGAAGCGACCAGCAGCUAAAAGCAAGCAGCCAGCAGCAAAAAGAAAACCAAACAAACAAAAGGAAGAACAAGAUUCCUCCGUCGAGUUAUUUGAUUUCUUGAGGCAAAGCCAAGAUAGGGAUCAUGAGUUCUUUGAGAAGCUCGCGGAAAAGGAGGCAGACCGCGAGCUCAAAAGUCAGAAGUUGAUGUUCGACGCGAUCAAGGNAAAUCUAGAACGUUUUCGCUGA